AUGGCUUCGCCUCUUCGUCCUCAGUUCUUCUGUACCCGUCCUAAUGGCAGCCUCACUCCUCUGAUUGCCGUGGACGAUCUCCCAGCUCAUGUUUCUCUUCGCGGUGUUCCUCGCGUUCUCUCAGCCAGCGACACCCAGGGAAUGACCAGCUUGGGAACCGUGAGCCCCAGAUCCCAAUCCUACAUCGUGGACGGCCUUUCCCCGCGCGCUUCUCCAACCGGCUAUCGCGGUCGAGACGAUCUGCAGUCCACUCUUUUGAGAUUUGUUUCUGAUGAAAAUCUUCCAGCGAGUCAGCGCCUGGCUCUUCAUGCCUUGCUUCAGCAGAGCUUCUCCCAGAACUGGGGAAAUAUGGCGAACAACGGUCAGACUCAUGGCUGGGUCGUCCCUAGUGCAAGUGGCUCUGGAGGCGCCAGACAGGGUAUGCAUUACAAUGUGAAGAAAGAGUAUUGUUCUUACUGGAUCCGCCACGGCGAGUGUGACUACCAGCAGCAAGGCUGUCUUUAUAAGCACGAGAUGCCCACCGACCCAGCCAUGCUGGAGAAACUUGGUCUUCGUGACAUUCCUCGCUGGUACCGUGAAAAGUACAGCAUCCCCAGUCUUCUGCCUAAUGGAGGUGCUCGCUCCCAGGUCGCCAGUGGUCCACACUGGAAGGAUGAAGCUGCGGACCGUGGCGCUCUCAAGUCCAUUCAGUAUCCGUCUCGUUUGGGACUCAAUAGCUCGGCUGAGAACUUUGAUGCUGAGAAAAACACCAAGCAGCAGGUGAAGACGACUCCUUACAUCCCUCCUGCUCUGCAGCCCUCGGCCACGAUCACUGGACAUGCUCGACCUGCGUAUAACGCUACCAAUUCGCCCAAGGGCCCGGCCUCGCAGAAGCAUGGACCGAAGCACACCUCUAACCCGACCACCAAAAAGAUUGAUCUCUUGUCUUUUGAUCCUAUUCAGGAAAAGUCCUUUCUGGACCCCAUGGCUGGAGCUGCUGGCGAGAUGAAUUACCCCAAUACCAAUGACAAGACCAGCGUCGUCGAAGAGGCAGACAGAAUCCAGCGCGAGGAGUUUGUUCGCAGCCUUCAGUCACUCAUGCCAGCUUCGAUGACUGGAAGCCCCGAGUAUCAGCAGAACAUCCCUCUUGAACCGAGGGACCACCAGAAUCGUACCAGGAAGUUCCAGAAGUCACGUCGAUUGUAUCAGCCGCGCUCUCAGAGUAUGACCCCCGAUGCUGGCCACCACGAGCCGAUGGAAUCGGUCUCUUUCAAGAACCUGCACAGCAAUGCCACCGGCUUCUCCAGCGGCGCGUCAGCCAUCUCCAAGGGCAGCAACCUGGCGAGCCCUAUUACCCUUGGAAGUGCCAUGUCCUCUGACCCUCCCACGCGCGUUGCUUCUCCAUCGCUCCAUUCUCAUACUUCCAUGUCCUCCGAGUCGAGCCCCCGUGUUCUCAACAAUCGUGUUAAAGACAAGGACAUGAAGUCGAUUCCCGCCGCCAUUGGAACCAAGAGAACAGUCCAUCGACAGAGGUCCCCCGGAUCCUCCGAUGACGACCUUUUCUGCACGCCCAUGGGACGUGGGAAAUAA